AAUCGUGUACUUCUAAGUUACAUACUUCCGCCUAGGUCGUGUAGGUUCGGUAUGGUAGUUAUAAAAGAACUCAUCAUAAGCCUAUGCGCAACAGUCCUAAUGAAGGUGUCAAGCGAAAACAUUUUAGAGCAGAUUAAGCCCGAGAAUAAUAGAACGUACUUCCCAAAUGGGAGUCCCAAUAUUACAUCAGAAGGAUUAUUUGAAAAUGUAAAAACCUUUACAUUUAUUCCAGGUAUUUUUGCAAUUCAAGCAGAUUUACAAGCAGAAGGAAAUCUGUAUAUUUCACUGCACGGUAACAUUAGUGAGUUUAAUUUCCGCAUCUAUGAAGAAAAGGUACCGAAUCAUCCAAAUUACAAGUUCAACGUUACGUUAGAAACGAUAGAGAAAUGUUCUGAUUUGGACCACUGUUGGCCCCUGUAUCCCUGUGAGAAUGCUAAGGUUAUUGAUGGCGGCAAACUUCUAGAGAAAGAUAUGGUGUUCAUCUCAUGGCAACUUGUUAACCAGACUGGCGAAUUUAUCUUGACUAUAUUGUUUCAGUAUCAAAAUCGUCUAGUUAAAUGUGUAGAUCAGAACGCAAUAAAAUUGAAGAAAGUUGUACUACAAGGCAAAAAAUUACAACAAUUUCAAUCAAAAAGUGUGUUCUAUAAAUACACAAACACGGCAGACGUCAGUCAUGUUAAUUGUUCUAUAGACAAAACGGCAGUAGCUAUACAUUAUAUGCAUUGUGAGAGCUGCGGCUUCAAAUUUGAUUUAAAUUGUAGUGAGGCGGGCACAACUACAAACAAAUAUAAUACUACAUAUCAAUUUUCCGAAUACUCAUUGUCCAACCCUCAAUUUAAAUCUAAUUUUGGAGGAUGGAAAAAACAUAUAAUUAAGUCCGAAGCAGGCUCUUGUAACCUGACAAUCAACAGAACAAACAAUGGAAACCCUACUAAAAACGACUACUGGUUCAUUGCAUUUAUAGAUCCACACGAACAAUGGCUUGAUUCAUAUGAAGAAAAAUCUACGACUACUCCAGAUCCUCCUACACAUAAAAUAACUCUUACUACUACUACGAAACAACCAACAACCAAUAUUUAUCCAAACAAAGAUAAUGCAGUAACUGAUUCUGAAAAUAAUUCAAGAUCGCUAGAAGCUAUCCCUACGCUUCAAUGGUUAAUACUGACAAUUUUGCUCAUAGUUCUCAUGAUGUCUAUUGUAUCUAUUGUACUCGUCGGAAGGAACCGAAAUUGUAGGAAAACCGCCUAGAAACAAACAUGGUACAAGAAGACAUAGUAUCAAAGAAGAUUAACAACAUUUGAACAAGAAGCGACACUCGUGUCGGUGCCUUUGAUGUUUUGGUGAUCAGUUUUGGUGACCUUCAGCAAUUUUGUAAGGGUGCUUAAACGCGGGAAAUGUAAAGGUUAGUUUUCAUCAAAGGAUGAAUUGACAUAACUAAUUCGUUUGUCAUUUAUGUCGGGAAAAUUGGUCACAUGUAACUUUGUCGCAUUUCCCUUUUCUUGUUUCCCAUUUCUCAUUUCGAUUUCUCAUUCAGAAUUGUUGCGUACUUAUAAUUUCUCAUUUCGCAUUUUAAUAAGAUUAAAUAGUAAAAUACGUAUGUGUCUGUAAAUCUUAGCGGUAAACUAAUCUAACCUCCCGAACCAACGUCACAACAAAACGUUUUUGUCACUAAUAGAACUUGGAUUUUCUAUGGUUAGAACAGUUAGAACGUUGAAAACGUGUGUAUAAAAUAAAUGACGACAAACGUGUAUUUUAAGAAAUGCGAUGCACGCCUACAAUAAACAAAAAUAGAGCAGUGCGAUACAGCUUUAAUAAACACACUGUCUGUACACUAGAAAUCGUUUUCUCCAUUUGAUGACAGUGACGCUUCUUGUUCAUAUUUUGUUAAUCUUCUUUGAUGGUACUGCUUUGCGCAACAGCCACGUGACGUCAGAUUGCCUUGAAAACCGUGCUUGAAACUCUUUUCUGACUAUUUCGAAAGCUGUCAAAUAUCAGUUAUUUGUGAUGUUAUAACGGAGGUCGAGAUUCGGUUCAGUUUUUAAUCACGGGUUAAUUUAUUUUCGACGGUGCUAAGUUGAAAUCAGAUGCUAAUAACAUGUGUUCAAAAUUUGAUAUCGUUCGUUGAUAGUGAUAAUACAAACAUUCAACAAGCCAGAAUUAAAGUUGGUGGUCGUGACAUCCACAUGACGUCACACAAAAUGCGCAAUAUCAUACAAUGUUUUCUUGUACGAUGGAAACAAAUUUUCUCCACAUAGAUGUGAUUACUAGACAGCCGAUUUUUGUGGGGCUACAUCACGAUUGUAGGUGGGGACGCUUGAAUCUCUGGGGAAUCAGUACCGGGUGAUAAUCACUGAAUUUAAUCGUCACUAAUUUCAAAAAUACAAUUAACAAAAUUUUAAUAAGUAAACCGGCUAAGUAAAUGAGAACGGGAAUUAACAGCAAAGUGCAACGAAGGAGCGUUUAGAAUAGAAAACUAAAAUAAACGAAGUGUAGCCUGUAACUGUACUGAAUUCCCAUCCCGCACGAGCCGUACCGAGUUUGACCUUCACCGCCCCGACGGUAAUCCGCUGCUGUCUAGUGAUUACGUUUCUAUAGUGUAUUCACUUAAACGCGUCACCUCUUUCUAUCCACUUUCCACGGUAUACAGGGUUAGUCACGAGAAAAUUACUUCUGAAAAUAAUUUUUACGCAACCCAAAAUACUAAUACACUAUACCACUUGAUAUUAUCUAAAUUUAAAAUGAAAUGCCUAAUCCAUGAUUGCUUUGACUUUGGCAGUGUCACUUUGACGUUAGUUCAUUUUUAACAUUUUUUUUUUCAUCGUUUACUCCGCUCUAGAGCCCCAUUGUGUCGACGACGUACGCUCAGAUCAAUCUGCGCUAUGCGUGAAGCCGUAAGUGCUCUACCAAUAUUGUUCCCCGCUAAUGUGCAUGUGUUAAUUCGCCAUUUUUGCGUCACCUAGAGCCUCUUGGAAGUGCAAAUCUGCAGCCUCUGGACCUCUUCGAGCACCCAUUUACAAAAAAGCCGUAGCAUCCCCGCAAAAUGCCCAACAUUUUCAACAGUUGUAGUAGUUAAAUUAUUUACUUACUUUUUUGAGUUUAUGUUGUAACCUUUGAAUAAAAUGGCGCAAAAAAAAUUUUUGGAAAUAAUUUUCUCGUGAUUAAUCGGUUGCAAAAAAUCAAAAGGCACUCGAAACGAGCCCUGACAAAUUUAUUAGCGGCGCCAGCGCAGAUCUCCGACCACCAUGGACACUCGCGUAACCUCCUAUUCCACAAUUGUCAAAAUGACAUUGCCAAACUCAAAGCAAUCAUGGAUUAAGCACUUCAUUUUAAAUUCAAUUGGUAUCAAGUGAUACCUACACGGUAUUUGUAUUUUGGGUUGCGUAAAAAUAAUUUUUAGAAGUAAUUUUCUCGUGACUAACGCUGUAUAUAGAUACAUAAAUAUAUAUCGUGCGCUACAGUAAUACCCCCUCCCCCUGCUGCGCUGGAGCGUAACGAAGGUUGUUUGCUGUUUGAGUGUAUCGCAGACUGCGAUACACGAUAUCCGCCACAACGUUAUCAAAGUUCUCAAUAAUUCGUUUUUUCAUAUUUAAUUUUUAUUAAAAGAAAACAUUGCUUCACAAUAUAAAAUGACUGGGGGAUGUUUCAGAAGCAAAAUAGAAAUGGCUAAAAACUUUUGUGCAUUUUUUGUAAAACAUUUUCUCAUAAUGUAAUCGCUUAAAAAGUAAAAUAAAAAAAUCUAAGGUU